AUGCAAAUGACAUUCAAUUUCCUGGCCAUUGCGACCAGCUUUGCGUGGCUAGUCACAGCGUUGCCUCCGGAGCUAAACGAAUUUUUUGCCCAUAAUCCUCUCUCAAUUGUUACCCGUGCCUCUCAAACUUCUGGCAGUCCAACUCUCUCACGCAAUGGUGUCUUGCAGACCAAUCCAGCCCUCGUUCGUGCUGCUAAUGCCCGAUGUCCGGUUGGCUGCUUUCAGAGUGGAAGCAAUCCCGGCAACUGGACCGUUUACCACAGUGUCGAUCGUUUGUCUUGGUGCAAUGAGACAAUGUUGCUUGAUUUUGCCCUUUUCAACCCCCUGGAUGACCCUGAAACGCAAAAGAGCAUUCGAGCAUGUACUGCGGGUGAUAGUCCUCAAGAAGUAGCUUUGACAGAUACUUCAUGUGCUAAACUCCAUGAUUCAACGGAGGAAUUAUCAGCUAGUCUGCAUAUUGCUUUCGUGAAGUCGAGCUCCUCGGCCUCUGCAUCAAGUCUCGUCUCUGUCACAGGACAGCUCCAGAGCUAUGUGGCUCAAAAAUCCGGCUGCGAUCAGACAAUCGCAUUCGCUACUACUACAAAGGGAAUUGUUGGUCUCUAUGCUGGCUCAGAAAUACAGCGGCAAGGCCUGGUCAGCACAGUACUGACAGAUUUCGCCACCGUGUUGAAGGACAUGACCACUUCUGACACCGUCCUCGUUCAGCUUUGCGGAGAGAGUCUUAACAAUCGGUAUAUGUUUGGCGUCAUUGCCAGCGCACAGGGCGACCUUUCUGCGAUUCAGAAUGUAGUCCAGACGUGGAGCAAGAAUGAGUGUGUUACAUCCUAUGGAGAGACAUCUGUCUGGCAAAACAUCACUGUCAGGGUUCCAACCGCACAACAUGUUUCCAAAAGCAGUGGCAGGACCACGACAAAAAGGGCUACCGCAAGCAGAGUUGCAAGAGGACUGCAUCCUAGGUCCACAUGCUCUACCGUGCAAGUGCACUCAGGAGACGACUGUGUCUCUGUAGCAGCCGAGUGUGGUAUUACGGUUACAGAGUUUAAAGAAUACAAUCCUGGCUCUGAUAUUUGUUCACCCCUACCUUCUGGUCGGCAUGUGUGCUGCUCAUCAGGGACACUUCCUAAUUUUGCCCGAUCGCCAGACGCCAACGGCACUUGUGCCGCCCAUACGGUCAAUGGUCAUGACACAUGUAGUGCCAUCGCCGCUAGCUACGACAUUACAGUCGCUGACCUUGAGAACUGGAACAAAAAUACCUGGGGUUGGAUGGGCUGUUCCGAUUUGCAAGUCGGGAGCUAUAUGUGUAUCAGUACCGGCUCAGCUCCAAUGCCCGCACCACUCGCGAAUGCUGUCUGUGGUCCGCAGGUACCCGGUACAGCAAUUGCAACAGCAGGUACGAACUUGUCGACUUUAAAUGAGUGUCCCCUCAACGCCUGCUGUGACAUCUGGGGCCAAUGCGGGACUACUGAUGAGUUCUGUGUCAUCACCGAAUCCACCACAGGAGCACCAGGCACAGCUGCAGCGCGUACAAAUGGCUGCAUUUCAAACUGUGGUACAGCAAUUGUCCAGUCUGAUGCCCCGGCUGAGUUCAUGAAAGUAGCCUACUGGGAGGCAUUUGAUCAGUCGCGUCCGUGUCUAAACAGUCCAGUCUCGACACUGGCUGACAGUGACUACACGCACGUGCAUCUCGCUUUUGCUGAAGUCACCUCUGAUUUCAAGGUCAAUGUCUCCGGUAUUUCUGACCAGUUUAAUACAUUCAUGAGUCUGGGGGUUGGCUGGAAGAAGAUUCUUUCCUUUGAAGGUUGGGACUUUUCUACCAAUCCUGACACUUACAAUAUUUUCCGCCAGGCGGUGACAGAGGACAACCGUGCGACGUUUGCCUCCAAUAUUGUCGAGUUUGUGCGAGAGACUGGCCUUGAUGGAGUAGAUUUUGAUUGGGAAUAUCCCGGAGAGCCCGAUAUUCGAGGAAUCCCCGCUGGAAGCGAGGAAGAUGGAUUCAAUUAUUUCAUGUUCUUGGAUGAGCUGGCCAACCAGUUCUUGAAAACAGUGCCAGGGACUACAAUAUCUGUCGCUGCACCGGCUUCCUUCUGGUAUUUGCAAAAUUUCCCUAUUGAGGCAAUCGGGAUGAUUACCUCCUAUAUCAUCUUCAUGACAUAUGAUCUCCACGGGCAAUGGGACUAUUCAAAGACAAGCGCACAGAGUGGCUGCCCCUUUGGAGACUGCCUGCGAUCAGAUGUGAACUUGACAGAGACCAUCAACGCCCUGUCCAUGAUCACCAAAGCCGGUGUUCCCUCGAAUAAGGUUGUUGUCGGCGUAACUAGCUAUGGGCGUUCCUUCCAAAUGACCGAAGCAGGCUGCUCUGGCCCCAUGUGUACCUAUACCGGUCCCGCAUCGGGAGCCUAUAAGGGACCUUGCACUGGAACUGCUGGCUAUCUGGCAAAUGCGGAGAUCGCCUAUGCCAAUGCGACGCUGGCGAAUCCUGCAUACACUUUUGAUACUGCGAGUUAUUCGGACAUCCUUGUUUUUGAUGAAACUCAAUGGGUUGCCUGGAUGGAAGACGCUAAUAAGGCGGUGCGAAGAUCCCUUUACAUGGGCAUGAAUUUCGGCGGUACCACCGAUUGGGCUGUUGAUCUCCAAGGGGAUGCCAGCACAAUUACGAGUGAGUGCGAUGUGCUGAUCGCAUCGGAUGGAACGUCAUUCCCAAUUUGUGCCUCUCCCACUCCCCAAAUUGGCUGCAUCGAGGGCACCGGGAGUGGUAAUUAUCAGGACUUGUGUGAAUUCAGUUGCCAAUACGAUUACUGUCCUUCGCCAUUUUGCAAUUGCACCGCGACUGGGACAGUCAAUCCUGUGCCACUGGAGACCUCGCUCACUGUUUGUCCAGUUUCCGAUUUGGAUGCUAGCUUCAUCAGCCUUUGUGACUUCGAUUGCAAAUACGGUCAUUGUCCCAGUAAAUAUUGCGCUACCGCUACUGGAAAUGAACUCUACGGCUGUGGCAACGCACCGUCUCUGAUAGAGUUGUCUGCUAAUAUUUCAACAAGCAAUCCAUCUUGCCAAGAUGUGGGGGCCGGUAUGUACUGA